AUGGCGUUCGCCCUGGCGGGGGCCUUCAAGGGCCUCUCCCUGGCGCCCACCACCACCACCUUCCUGCGCGGCGACCGCGCCUCGCUCUCCGUCGGCGGCGCCGUGGGCGUGCCGGUGCCGGCGCGGCGGCUCACCAUCCAGAUGGCGCACAAGAAGGGGGCCGGGAGCACCAAGAACGGCCGCGACUCCAAGGGACAGCGCCUCGGGGUCAAGAUAUACGGCGACCAGGUCGCCAAGCCCGGGGCCAUCAUCAUCCGGCAGCGCGGCACAAGGGUCUAUCCUGGAAAUAACGUUGGAAUGGGCAAGGAUCAUACACUCUUCUCUUUGAUUGAUGGACUAGUCAAGUUUGAGAAGUAUGGUCCGGACAAGAAAAAGGUAAGUGUUUACCCAUAUGAGAAAGAGCCUGAAAACCCAAACAGUUACAGAGCAAGGAAGAGAGAGUACUUCCGCAUGCGGCGUGAACGGAAGAAGGCAAGAGCGGAGGGAGCCACUGAGCCUCAAUUGGUAAUAGCUGCCGUUGACGAAAACUCUGAGGCCAGUGCGGACUGCUGA